GGUGGAGGCGCAGGUACAGGAGUGCGCCGAGGCGGCGGCCAGGGACCUGGGCCUGCAGCUGGACAAGACGCUCAAGCUGGACUGGCACAAGGCGGGCAACCAGCGGCUGCGCUGCCUGCGCAUCACCGCCAAGGAGGAGAAGAAUGUGCGGGGGAAGCUGCAGGCGCGGUACCAGGAGCUGGAGGUGAAGAAGGACGGCAUGAAGUUUGUGAACAAGGCGCUCAAGGCGGCGGCGCAGCGCCUGCAGCAGCUGUCGGCCGACUACGAGCGGCGGCAGGCCGAGCUGCUGGCGCAGGUGGUGGGCGUGGCGGCCUCGUUUGUGGGCGUGUGGCGCCUCGUCAGCGCCACCCUGGCGGAGCUCGACCUCCUGGCCGCCUUUGGCGAGGUGGCGGCAGCCGCGCCCGCAUCCUACGUGCGCCCCACCAUGCUGCCCAGCGAAGAGGGGGAGAUCAGCCUGCGGGGCUGCCGCCACCCGUGCCUGGAGGUGCAGGAGGGCGUGGACUUCAUACCCAAUGACUGCCUGAUGCGCACAGGCCAGUCCUGGUUCCACAUCAUCACCGGCCCCAACAUGGGCGGCAAGUCGACCUUCAUCCGCCAGGUCGGGCUGGCGGUCCUGAUGGCGCAGAUCGGCAGCUUUGUGCCCGCCGACUCGGCACGCAUCUCGGUGCGUGACGCCAUCUUUGCGCGCGUGGGCGCGGGCGACUGCCAGCAGCGCGGCCUGUCCACCUUCAUGGCGGAGAUGCUGGAGACGGCGGCCAUCCUGAAGGGCGCCACCUCCAGCUCCCUGGUCAUCAUCGAUGAGCUGGGCCGAGGCACCUCCACCUGGGAGGGCAUGGGCCUGGCCUGGGCCAUCAGCGAGCACCUGUGCACCCAGGUCGGCUGCGCCACGCUGUUUGCCACACACUUCCACGACCUGGCGGCGCUGCAGAGCGCGCUGCCGGGGGCGGGCGUGGCCAACCUGCACGUCAAGGCGGCAGAGAGCGACAGCGGGCUGACGAUGCUGUACCAGGUGCACGAGGGCGCCAGCGCGCAGUCCUACGGACUGGCAGUGGCCCGCUUUGCCCGGCUGCCGCCAGAGGUGAUCGAGGCCGCGGCCGCACGCCUGGCGGAGCUAGAGCCCGCGCCAGCUGGCGCCGCCGCCACGGAGCAGGGCGGCGAGGAGCAGCAGGCGCGGGAGCUGCUGGCCAAGUUUGCGCAGCUGCCACUGGAGCAGGGGAUGCAGCCGGAGCAGCUGGCGGCGGUGCUGCAGCAGCAUGCCAUCGAGCUGUGCCAGUGA